AUGGAUACCAAAGCGGAGGUGAAGCAGGUCACACCGAGCAUCUCUGGGCUCCGUCAGCAUGCCGCUAACAGACUGCUGCGUUGUACCGGGGACAUGGUUUAUGUGGAUGAGUACAUAGAAGACAAGCCAUUUGUCUUGCAGCUGGCGGUCUGGAGCCUGAGGGGCGUGGCCAGGGUGAUCCUCGCCAACAACCCGCUCAGCGGUGCGCUCAUCCUGGCUGCCCUCUACUGGGCAUCCCCUUGGCAGGGCCUGCUGGGAACUGUGGGUCUGCUGGUCUCAACAUUAACAGCUGUCAUCAUAGGACAGGACAGUGCGGAGGUUUCUGGAGGUCUCCAUGGCUUUAAUGGGAUGCUGGUGUCUUUGCUGAUGGGAGUGUUCAGCUCUGCUGGGGACUGGUACUGGUGGCUGCUGCUGCCUGUCUGUCUGAGCUCAGCAACAUGUACCAUUUUGUUCAGUGGUCUGGCCUCAGUGUUGGACCGCUGGGAUCUGCCGGUUGCUGUGUAUCCCUUCAACAUUAUCAUCCUUCUCUAUCUCCUCUGCACUGGCCCAGACAACCCUCACUACCCACAUCAUCUCACCACACCGCCGGUGGCGUUGGAGCCCAACUUCACCCAGCUCAGCGCAGUACAGGUGGUGCGUGGCAUCCCUCUGGGCGUGGGUCAGAUCUUCGCCUGUGGGGCCCUGGGGCCGUCCCUCCUUAUCCUUGGGGCCGUUCUGUUGUACUCUCCACUGCUGGCCGUACACGCUCUGGUGGGAUCAGGAAUCGGCACAGCAGCUGGUCUCUCCGUGGCAGUGCGUCAUGGUUCCCUGUACUCGGGUCUGUCUGGAUUUAAUGGAGCUCUGGGCUGCAUGGCUGUAGGAGGACUCUUUUUUACCUUCAGCUGGAGGACCCACCUCUUUGCCAUUGCCAGCGCCUUCCUCUCUGCGUAUGCUGACAUUGCCCUGAGCAAUCUGCUGGGAACUGUGGGUCUCCCAGCAUGCAGUUGGGCAGCUACACUGACCUUUACGCUGAUGCUGCUGCUGACCGGAAGGAGUUUGUCGGUGUACCGCAUCCCUGUCGGUCAAGUCCGAGCACCAGAAUACAACUUGCGCACCCGCAGCCGAUGGGAAGCAGGACAUACCUCUGACAGAGACAGCACUGAUGUGUAG